CCUCUCGUUCGCUUGAUGCCUCCGUCUUGACGGACAAGACGGAGCCCUCCCCCGCUUCCGCCAUUUUGCCUCCCCCCCCCCGGCGCUGGGGGCGGGCGCGGGGGAGGGCCCCACAACAAACACAAAACAGCAAAGUCCCCCUCUGUCAGAUUUUUUUUAAAGCGAAAGUUUCAAAAGAACAAACAAAAAAGGCCCCCCCGCUGCCAAACUGGAGCCCCCCCCGUCGGAGGCCUCCGCCGCCCCCCCCGCCUCUGAGGGCUUUUUGAAAACAUAAAUUCCCAUGUAUGAAGAUGUCACUGGUGGACCUGGGGAAGAGGUUGUUAGAAGCAGCUCGUAAAGGCCAAGAUGAUGAAGUCAGGACUUUGAUGGCUAAUGGUGCUCCUUUUACGACUGACUGGGUGCGUACGGAGAGGAGAAGGGAACAGGGAAAAGGGCCUUUCACUGAAUCGCAGCAAAUGAAAUAUAUAGAACUUUUUACCUGGGAACCUCCCCGCUUCACCUGGCCGCUCAGUAUGGUCACUACUCCACCGCCGAAGUCUUGCUCCGGGCCGGGGUGAGCCGGGACGCUCGGACCAAGGUGGACAGGACCCCGCUGCACAUGGCGGCUGCUGACGGCCACUCGCGCAUCGUGGAGCUUCUGAUCAGGGUGAGCGCGUUUCCGCGAAGGAGAAAACCAGCCGCUGGAUUUGGCCUGCUUGGAGUCGAACGCUAGGCAUUGCAUUCUCAAAGCGGUUGACAUAGAAAAAGUAAGAAUGACCAGGAGAAGAUGGCUUCCUGUCCCCCCAAAGGGCUCACAGUUUAAAAAGAAUGGCAAGGUAGCCAGAGCAACAGUUAUUUGCAAGUUUAUUUACAUCGGUCUGCGAGAAUCUAUACCCUGCCUUACCUAUACCUCGAAGGGAAAUCUCGGAGGGAGGAGAGCUGGUCUUGCCGGAAACGGGGCUGACGUGGAUGCCAGGGACAUGCUGAAGAUGACGGCCUUGCACUGGGCGACGGAGCGCGGCCACCGCGACGUCGUGGAGCUGCUCGUCAAGUACGGCGCCGACGUCCACGCUUCCAGCAAGUUCGACAAAUCCGCGUUCGACAUCGCUUUGGACAAGAACAACCCAGAGACCUUGUUGAUCCUGCAGGAGGCCAUGCAGAACCAGGUGUACACGAACCCAGAGAGGGUGACCGUGGUCCCCAGUUCCGUGACGGUGAGCCAGCCAUUCCUCCUGGCUUCGGGGGAGGUGUUGAGUCUGGCCAGCAUCGUCUCCUCGGCAAACACCAAAACCACCUCAGGCGACUCCCACGUCUCCAUGGUGCAGUUUCCAAACUCAACCACCUCAGUCCUCGCCACGCUGGCAGCCAUUGCAGAAGCUUCCAGGCCGCUUUCCAAUUCCAACAGAGCAGCAGCAAUCGCAGAGGAAAUCGUGGAGGCCAAUUCUGCGGACUCCCCCUUGCAGCAGGCGGUCAGCAGCCGGGGCCAGCAGGUCAUUACGCUUGUGACGGACGGCGUCCCGCUGGGUAACCUCCAGACGGCCAUCCCGGCGAGCAGCCUGAGUCAGCCAUUCAUCGUAACUAUGCAGAAUGGGCAGCAAGUUCUCACUGUACCUGCUGGUCAGGUUGCAGAAGAAACUGUCAUUGAAGAAGGUAACCACCUAGCAGAGGAAGAAGAGCCCCCAGCCAAGAAAAUCAAAGUAGAACACAUUGGGAAGGACUUGGAAGAAAGCAAGGACGCCAGCGAGGAGUCGUCGUUGCAGCAGCAGCUGCAGGAAGCCAACCGCCAGGCGCAGGAAUUCCGCAGCCAGCUCCGGAAGAAAGAGCAGGAGGCCGAGGCCUGCCGGCUCAAGCUGGAGGUCAUGGCCCGGCAGCAAGCCGGCGGGACGGAGGCCGCCAAGGUCCACUCGGCCGGCGUGUCCUCGGAAGAAACUGUCCGCUCCACGGCCGGAGCAGAGGCACCCGCUGCUGCUGCGCCCGAGACGGCGGCCUCCUAACCUUCCGGUCACUUCCCUGCUUUUUAAAGGGAACAUGGACUUGGCCAAGAAGGAUAGCGGGUUGGGUGGGUGGGUGUGUGUCAAAGAAACAGGGGGGCGCGAGCUGCCACCCCACCCUCCAAAGAACUUGGACAAGGAGGCCCCUCUCCGGGGCCCACUCCUGCUCUUCAUGCCUUGGGCAGCCCGUCGCUUCCUUUCCGGGCCUUGCGCUCCAAACUCGGGGAGGACGCUUUUUUUAAUACUCUCCACACCCAGUGCUCUUAUUUUUGUAACCGCAGCCAGAGAUUGCUUUGCAGCAAGUGCCCGGAAAAGCAGCCCCGCUGGUGGAGGCGGCCUUCUCCUCAGGCGCCACUGCCCUGACGCAACCUUGUCUUCUGCGCAGGGCAGGGAGGUGCCGCUUAGGCCAUGCAGAAGUUUUUUUGGGUGGGGGCAACUUGAAGGGGGGCUCCACCUGUUCCCCCUGCGACUGUUUCCAGCCGGUCCUGGGCUUGCAGAAGCCUCCCGUGUGGGCGGUCCCAGCUCAGUGGGGCUGGCGCUGUGAGAGGGGUCCGGUUUGGGGUCCGAAGAGGAGGGCUGAUCCUAGGGAAUGCCUACGUCGAACAAGGAGGCCCAGAGCAGGGCAGCCAAGGGGGUGAGGGGUCUGGAACCAGAGCCCAGUGAGGAAGGGUUGAGGGAGUAGGGUAUGUUGAACCUGCAGAUGGGGGUGCGCAGAGGAGGCACAGUGGCCGUCUUCCUCAUACCGGAAGGGCUGCCCCACGAGGGGAGGAGUGGACUUGUUCCUUGUCGCUCCCGCGGGCAGGAUUGGGACCCAGGGCUUGAAAAGGACAGGGAGCAAAUGCCGGUUGGACAUUAGGAGGAACAUCCUGCCUCGAGCAGCCUGCCUCAUGCACUGGCUGGUUGCGAGAGGGUUGUGAGCAGAGGCCAGGUGGCCGUCUCUCAGGGAAGCCAUUGCCUUGUCCUGCCCUUCGCUGGGGGUUGGACUAGAUGGCCUCAAAGUCCCCGCCCUCCCGACUCCCACAUCCUCUGGUUCCAGUCCUUGAAAGUCAGUCGGCACUCACCGUGGCUGCCAGUGCCUGCAGAAAGGAGGACCAGUCAGCACGGUUGACCCGGGCGCCAGUUCAGCGGGGCAGCGAGCCGGCCAGUGGGUGCGUGCGGAGGGCAGCUGGUGUGUGCAGCUCACCCGAGGUGGCGAACGGCCUGGUCUGGGUGAACAGUCCCUCCUUGGGCCAGGCCCAAUUCCUUGGCACUUUCCUAGUGCUCUGCCCUGUUCCUGGGAUUUUUACUGCAGCUUUCAGGCUGAGCCCCGUCCUGAGCUUUAAAAUAGGGGCAGGUCUUUAAAUAGAACAAAACCCUCUCCGAAAAUAGCCUAAAAGGUCUUCUCACCCUUGACACAGGGCAGGUGGGCAUUCUAGCCCCUGGGACUAUCCUAAAAUAAAACGGCUGCCCCCUAUCGUGGGCCCUGCCCACCUCGUCGGGCAUCGUGCAUAGCCAUUCCUGAAUUCACACCCAUCUCCUAUUUGUCGCCAUCAUGGCAUAAUUUAGAGGUUGGAGCCCCUUGAAAGCACAUCAGACAGCCUUAAAGUCUGCUGCUCCCAGAGGCUGCAUUGGAGCGAAGUAUCAUCAGCAUCCCCAGACAUCCUGAGAGCCCCUAACUCCUAUGCAAGCCUAACACAGCAUCCUAAAAGAGAAGGUUGAAAGGGGUGGGGGUGGGACGUCCUUUCAGCUGUUGUGACUUUAACCGAAAUUUCCUCCACCAAACUCUCCUCCAGAGAUCUGCUCGCCACAACCUUGGCCCUCCAGCUGCUGUCAGAUUACAAUUCCCAUCAUCCCCGGCCACAGGGAUGCUAGGAGUUGUAGUCCAAGGACAGCUGGAGGGCCAAAGUUGUGCAGCUUCUCCAUUCAUCCCAAUGGAGCGAGGAAAACCUAAGUUUGCCAAGGAACGUGCACACAGAACGGUUUCCUCCUUUGGAACGAACAGGGAAGCCCCCACUGCAAGCAGAGGGAGGUGCGAGAAUUUAUCCAAGAUACUCCUGCCUAAAAAUACUAUUUAUUUAAAACGUGCAGUCGCCUUUUAAAAUGCCUUGCUGCGCACUUUUGCGCUUUUAAACAGCCUUUUUGUCCUGAUAUUUCUCAGAACCUCAAUCAGCCCCCUCCCUCCAUUUUCGCCUUGUGCCUUGCCCCCAGAGAGAAAAAGAUGGGGGUCUUCCUCGCCUUUUGGCAGUCACAGGAUCGCUUCACUUUUUAUAGCAACUUAAGAAUCAUAACCAGUCCGGAGAACUCUGUGGUCUUCAGGUGCUCUAACUGCCAAUUUCUAGAGGGUUUUUUGGUUUUUUAAAAAUAGCUUUAUGUACAGGCUGGCUUGUUGGGUCUUGGGGUGGGGGGAAGAGAGUACAUUUUAUAUGUUAGGGUCUUUUGCCCCAAAUGCUCAGUUUACAACCAUGUACAAUUUUGCGCUCUCUUUUUGGUACUAUCAUUUGGUUAAUAAAAAUGCCAAAGUCGCA